UGAUAGCAUUUGCUAUCGUACUCGAAAAGGACGAACAUGAUGAUCAUUCUCCUGUUAAAAACAUUGACUGCUUCUCUCUUUAUUUUGCCAUCACAUGCAAGUUUAUCAUGUGGGAUACGUCCAAGUGGUGGCCGCAUAGUUGGCGGAGAAGAGGCUAUUCCUCACUCCUGGCCCUGGCAAGUGUCUCUACGGAAAGGAAGAACGAACUAUCACACAUGUGGCGGAACUCUUAUUCGACCAGACUGGGUGCUAACCGCAGCACAUUGUGUUAUGCGACCUGAAAAAUAUACAGUGAUAGUAGGUUCACACUUCCGAAAAGGUGGAGAAACAAGUGUACAGCAAAAUAUUAGGGUCAAAAAGGUCCACCGGCAUCUUGGAUUUUCAAUGGCAAAUUAUAAAGACGAUAUUGCCUUGUUACACCUUGAACAUCCGGCUGUUUUAAGUGACAAAGUUCUUCCAGCAUGCCUUCCUAAAUCGGAUCCAAAUGUUGGAGCAAAUUGCUACACCUCUGGUUGGGGUCGUAUAUCUGCUAAUGGCUGGGGCUCAAAAACACUCAAACAAGCCAAAUUUGAGAUCGCCUCUGAUAGGGAAUGCAAGAGACAAUAUGGAACUGAUUUUAUCAAAUUUUCCACUCAUUUGUGUGCUGGUAGUGCUGCCAAUACUUCAAGCACUUGCCAGGGUGACAGUGGUGGGCCUCUUGUAUGCGAAAAAGAAGGAAGGUGGUAUGUCCAUGGUGCUACAAGUUUUGGAAGAUCAUGUAGUAUAAAAUACUACACAGUUUACACGAGAGUUAAUAAAUACUUGGGAUGGAUCUACAAGAGAAUAGGAGGUCCCAUGCCAACGUCUGGAGUCAUUCCAACUAAUGCACCUGUAACGAAUAAACCUGUCAAGCCAUCCACUAAACCAAGCCAGUCAACUAAAACACCAAUAACAAAAAAGCCAACACAACUCCCAACACAGUCAACAUCAACAGCUCCUUCAGGAACUACGACACCAUUCCCUGGUUGUAGAAAUAAGGGGUCAGGAUGUACUGGAAUGGAAAACAGAUGCAAUUUCCACGUUAUAAAGAUUUUAUGUCAAAAAACGUGUGGAUUGUGUUAACAAAGAAGAUGGAUGAGGGCUACUCUUUUGACUUUGACUUGUCAAUGCACCUCUAAUGCAAUUCUUGAUUAUGUUUUUUUUAUUGUUAUUUGUAAUGAAUGAUCAAUAAAAUAAGAAUUUGAAGAGUU